CCUAAAUCAACACCACUCUGCAUUCACAACGACGACGUCGUUUCGAGAAUCAAAAAAUAUUAAAAGAUUGGCGAUGAAGGUGGGCCGUACGACGGAAAUGCAUUCCGGUAAAGUUUCUAGAUGUUCCGCAGUUAAACGUAAACUGAUUCUUGAAAGUAGUGAAGAAAGUGCAACCCGGAGCCCUAAAUAUACUGCAUACUCAUCCGAUAAAAACAACCGCAAGAAAUUUGAUUAUACAGAUCCAGUUGCUCUUAGAAACAUGGUAAUUGAUCUUGAUUAUCCCAAGUAUGGCUCUGUCACAAAAGACAUAGAAGAUCUUUUUGCAAGAAGGAAGAUUCCGAUUUUAAAUAAAUUGUCUUCACCUAGCGUUAAUUCAGCAGAGCUUAAAUCUGGGAAGGACUCUUCCAACGUGAUUGACGAUACAAAGCAUGAAAACGUUAUGUCACACCUGAUAAUUAACAUUGACUCGGAUGAUGAUGAUGAUGUUAAACCAGCAGUUCAGACUCCUUCCCCACCAUUCCAGGAUGUAGUAUUGAAUCAACCUAGCAAGAACCUUUCAAUGGUGCAGUAUUUGGUUGGUUCACCUGUCUUAAAGAUUUGGUCUAAUUCAUCAUAUCAUUCGAUGUACACAUCUCUAUAUACUUUUCAAUGCCAAAUGUUAAUGCAGAUAACCGAGGACGCAAGGAAGAAUAUAUUUGACCUGAAAUCAAUUUCCCCGGCAGAAGUUACUGGGGCCCAGAACAGAGCUGAGAUUGAUGGUCAAGUUUCCUUGCAAAAGCUUCAGAAGGGAGUUUCUGCUCCAGGCCAAAUUUCAAUGGAAGGGGAAGAUGUAACUGCUGUAGAGCACAAUGUUGAGAAAGACAAUGAUGAGAAGAAUGAAAAUGACAAGAGGGUAAAAGAUGAUGACGUGGAAGUUAAAAGUGACAAAGAAGAUGGUGUUGUGGAUAGUCGAAAUGACAAAAUCAUAGUAGAUGACAAGGAGAGUAAAAACAAUCAUAAUAAGGGCAUGUAUGUCGGUGUUGAGGAUGAUGAUACUGACAUGCAAGAAAAUGAUCCAAGAUCCGAUUUCAACUUUGAUGGCCUGGCUGAUAUAUGGAAAGAAAUGGCUAUUGGAUUAGAAUCUUCAAGGGAUAUAGACCCUUUAUCUACGGAACAUGCAAGUGAAGAUGAAAAAGAUUGUGAUCAUUCUUUUAUUUUGAAAGAAGAUAUUGGUUCCGUUUGCCGUGUUUGUGGAAUAAUUCAAAGGAGUAUAGAAUCCAUAAUUGAAUACCAGCGUCCCAAGGGCUCAAAUAGUAUAAGAACUCGUUAUUAUGAAGUUGGCCAAAAGAAAUCAGGAGCUUCUGUGGCUCCUAUUGCUGAUGUGGUGAAGUUACCUGGAACUGAUUUCGCUGUUUGUGGCCUAUCUGCUCAUCCGAGGCACAUAAGUCAAAUGAAACCACAUCAAGUUGAGGGCUUUAAUUUUCUUCUUAGAAACUUGGUGUCCGAAAACCCUGGUGGUUGCAUCCUUGCGCAUGCUCCUGGAUCUGGAAAGACAUUUAUGCUCAUUAGUUUCAUUCAAAGUUUCAUGGCCAAGUAUCCAGAUGCUAAACCAAUGGUGAUUCUCCCUAGGGGUAUUUUAGGAACAUGGAAAAAAGAGUUUGAGAGGUGGAAAGUUGAGGAACUUCGGUUGUUUGAUUUGUAUUCGGUGAAAGCUGAUGGUAGCAGAGGUCAACAGCUUGAAGUGCUAAAACGAUGGACUAAUCAGAGAAGCAUACUAUUUCUUGGGUACCAGCAGUUUGCCUCUAUUGUGUGUGACAUAGACACAAGAGCUGAAACAGUCAGUUGCCAGAAUAUACUAUUGACAUACCCUUCAAUUCUCAUAUUAGAUGAAGGUCAUACUCCGAGAAAUGAAGACACUAAUAUUCUAACUGCUCUUGAGAAAGUCCAGACCCCUAGAAAGGUGGUUCUUUCCGGAACCCUUUAUCAAAAUCAUGUUAGAGAAGUUUUCAAUAUUCUGAACCUCGUCCGCCCAAAGUUCCUGAAGAUGGAGACUCCCAAGUUGAUUAAAAGGCGUAUUUUGAGCAGAGUACCAUAUGAAAGCAAGAAAAACCUCAUCAAGAAUAGCACAAACAAUGAGUUUUAUGAGGUGGUGGAGCAUGCCUUGUUCAAAGAUGAUAACUUUAAGAGAAAAGUGACUGUCAUCAAAGAUCUUCGUGAGAUGACUAGUAAAGUUCUUCACUAUUACAAAGGAGAUUUCUUGGAUGAACUACCUGGACUUAUGGACUUCUCGAUCUUUCUCAACCUCACCUCGAAACAAAAACGUGAGAUUCCAGGAUUGAAAAAGCUACCAAUUUUCAAAAGGAAUUCCAAUGGGAGUGCUAUUUAUGUUCAUCCGGGUCUUAAGUCACUUUUGAAGACUACGGAUACAAAAAAAGACACAAGCGGUGACAUUGAUAGCAAGAUUGAUCACCUGCUAGAGAAAGUGGAUGAGAUGGAAGGAGUGAAAGCCAAGUUUUUCCUCAACAUGCUCCGCCUUUGUGUAUCUGGAGGGGAGAAGCUCUUAGUGUUCAGUCAAUAUCGAUUGCCCCUAAAGUUUUUGGUUCGGCUGACCAUGAAGACUAGAAAGUGGAGUCUAGGGAAAGAAAUCUUUAUGAUAACGGGAGAUGAUAACAAUGAUGAUCGCGAGGCAUCAAUGGACAAAUUCAACAACUCACCUGACUCUCGAGUCUUUUUUGGAUCAAUUAAAGCAUGCGGGGAAGGAAUCUCUCUUGUUGGGGCCUCACGAGUCAUCAUUUUAGAUGUUCAUUUGAACCCCUCUAUUACUCGCCAAGCACUAGGACGUGCCUUUAGACCAGGACAAGUCAGGAAGGUAUACACCUACCGGUUAGUUGCUGCAACUUCACCUGAAGAGGAAGACCACGCCACCUGCUUCAGAAAAGAGUCUGUUGCCAAAAUGUGGUUCGAAUGGAACGAGUAUUGUGGUCAUCACGACUUUGAGAUGGAGACAGUCAGUGUCAAAGAUUGUGGUGAUGAGUUUCUGGAAACGCCAUGUUUGAAUGAAGACAUUGCCGUCAUCUAUAAAAGAUGAUCACAAAUGAGGAAGGCGAUUGGUGGUGUUGUUGGUAGCUAUAUACUUCUUCACGGUUACAUGUUGAUUAUGGUGAUCAUGAUAACCAUAGCAAACAUAGAUCUAAUGCUUAGUAAUAUGAACCACAGUUGAUGCUUUUUUUGUUAAGUUAUCUUGGUAUAAAGGUGCAACUUUUUUUUAGCCUGUUGUAUGCUUUACUCUGAAUCAGCUGGUUU